AUGGCCGGCGCAGCACGGGCUGCCGCCCCCCUUCCCGCGAAGAGAACUGGUUUACGCCAGUUACGCCAACCGACUCGACGAGCGGGGUCAGCGAUUCCAGAAAGCCGACAAACAUCUCCUGCACUUACAACCAAAAGAAGACCAGCCGUAGUGGCUGCGCCUGUGCCAACUCGGGUACCAAAGCCCAACCUGGAUCAAACGAGUGUUCUUGGCAAAAGGAAAGAUAGGGAAUUUGAGCGCGAAAUCGGUGAAGAUACCAGCAUCCACGUGGUCGUUCGCUGCCGUGGUCGCAAUGACCGAGAAGUCAAGGAGAAUAGCGGCGUGGUCUUGUCUACGGAUGGAGUCAGUGGAAAACAGGUAGACUUGUCAAUGGGACCCAACGCGCUCUCCAAUAAGUCCUAUGCCUUCGACAAGGUUUUCUCUCCAGCUGCUGAUCAGACGUUGGUUUUUGACGAAGUGGUCUCACCUAUUAUCAAUGAGAUGCUCGCUGGAUACAACUGCACAAUCUUCGCAUAUGGCCAAACAGGCACCGGAAAGACAUACACUAUGUCUGGUGAUAUGACAGACACCCUGGGAAUCUUAUCAGACGAUGCCGGAAUCAUCCCACGAACCCUCUAUUCUUUAUUCAACAAGCUUGAGGAUACAGACAGCACCGUGAAAUGCUCAUUUAUUGAACUCUACAAUGAGGAACUGCGCGACCUGUUGUCAUACGAUGAUAACACAAAGUUGAAGAUUUUCGAGAACGAGAAGAAGGGCCAGGCCGCUACUUUGGUUCAGGGAAUGGAAGAAACAUUUAUCGAUUCUGCAUCUACCGGUAUAAAGCUGCUUCAAAUGGGUAGCCACAAGCGCCAGGUGGCCGCGACAAAAUGCAACGACUUGAGUUCCCGAAGUCACACAAUAUUCACCAUUACGGUUCUGACCAAGCGCACUACUGAAUCUGGAGAGGACUAUAUCAGCUCUGGGAAACUAAAUCUGGUAGAUUUAGCAGGAAGCGAAAAUAUUGGACGAAGUGGUGCAGAAAACAAGCGAGCAGUUGAAGCUGGUCUGAUCAACAAGAGUUUACUCACCCUUGGCAGGGUCAUCAAUGCGCUAGUCGACAAAGGCUCUCAUAUCCCCUACCGUGAGUCGAAGCUGACACGACUGCUUCAAGAUUCUCUCGGUGGCCGGACGAAGACUUGCAUCAUCGCCACUGUAUCGCAGGCCAAAAGCAAUUUGGAAGAAACCAUUUCGACUCUCGAUUACGCUUUCCGGGCCAAGAAUAUCCGUAAUAAGCCCCAGAUCAAUUCGCUGGUAUCAAAAAAUAAGCUGCUCCGCGAGAUCGGAAUAGAGAUGGAGAGGCUCAGAAGCGAUUUGAUCGCCACUCGGCAUCGGAAUGGUGUCUACUUGGCACCAGAUGUCUUCGAAGAGAUGACUGUAGAGAGUGAAUCGCGCCGAAUCGUUAACGAGGAGCAACGUGCUAAGAUUGAGUCAAUGGAAUCCAGUCUGAAGCACAAGGUACAAGAGUUGUUUUCCCUCACAGGAAACUUCAAUUCAUUGAAGCAGGACAAUGAAAGCAUUCAAAGCAGAUUCAAAAGGACAAAAUUGGACCUGGAACAAACUGAGUCAAGCUUGAAAGACACUUCUGAGAAGCUUGCGGAAGAGACUACAGCCCUCAAAGCUCACAAGGAGACCGAAAAGAGUCUUCGAGAAAUAUGUACGGAUCUACUUUCGACCCUGGAUGACACUGUUGAAGAUGUUCAAGAACUUCACGCCAAAGUUGAACGUAAGGAUGACCUAGAGAUGGCAAACGGGCAAACAUGGCAGGCAUCUACCAAUGAAAUCCGCCAAGUCACCGGGCAAAUUGAUGAACGUUUGGACACCUUCCAAGCACAUCAUUCUGAGCUCUUCCGAAAUAUUUCAAACAAAAUGCAUGAGUUUCUAGCUAGCGAACUGAAGGCGACCCAGUCUGCCCGGUCUCAACUUCAAGAAUUCGACCUGUCCUUAGACAAGGUUGAGGAAGACGCGAAGACCCAGACAUCCGGUGCCCACAAUGAGAUGAACGAGAUCCUUGAAGAAAUCAAGGUCCUUCGGGAAGAUGUCAAAGCCAAAGUUGGCGAGGGGCUAAAUGGACUGUCAGCGGCCGCCGCCCGAAUUUCCAAAGAGGUCAUUGGAGAAUUCUCCGAAUUUCACUCUCAGCUCCACUCAUCCUAUAACACUCUUGGCCAGGAUAUCAAAGUCGUGUUCGAGAGUAUGGCAACACACAUCGACAAACAAAAAUCCGAAAUCGAUCGACUGCAUCUUGAUCUUCAAGAGGCUCAUCGCCAAACUGUAGAGGCCAAUCGCAAAGCCUCUUCCAACAUAUCCCAGGUUCUCGAGGAAGAGCAAGCAAACUCUCAAGUUGAACGUGAUACCCUUAUGUCACAAAUUCGGGGACUGCUUGAAGAAUCUACCCAACGGCAGUCUGCCCGUCUCAAGAACAGAUUUGAUGGAGUUCGCACUGAUCUUUCUGCAUCGGGCAAUUCUCUCGAGCAAGCCACAAAUCAAUACGAUCGACAAGUCGAUGAGUGGAUGUAUAAGGAAGUCAAGUUUGCCAAGGAUGUGACUGCAUCGAAAGAUGAAAUUACGUCUAGGAUGCAGAAUGACUGGGAAAAAUUUGAUGAGCGAAAUGUUUCGAUCCAGCAUGCUACAGAAUCCGUGCAUCAAGAAACUGUGCGGAUUGUGGAUGCUCAGAUGAUUGACGUGAGCAAACAAAUGGGGGCCCUUGAUGAUUUCGUUACCAAAGCUCGGUCUCGCAACGGACUUUUCCAUGAAGCACAACUGAAGAACCUAGGCAGCAUUGGAGCCAAUGUUCGUGAAUCCCGAGCUGUUAUUCGACAACAACUCGAUGGAACCCAUCAACGUAUUGGUGAACUUCAAGAAAAUGUCGAUGUUCACAUGCAGGAUCUGGAGCAAUCUGCGGUGCCUCUGUUGCAAGAAGUUCGUGAUCCACUCAUGGAACUUCGUGCUAGCCUUCAAAGGCAUCCUAUGAAGGAGUACACUCCGACGGGUGACACUCCGCAAAAACGUCGUUAUGAAUACCCAGCGAGCUUGCCUCGAACGGAGCACUAG